CUUCUGCCCCGGGCGGCUACCGGCGUGACAGAACAAGGAUGAUGACAGAACCUGGAGCACACAAACAACCACCUGAGGAAUUUCACCAGACUUUUCCUGGAAAGCUGCUGUUGGCCUGUAAACGUGAAACGACUCCACGUCUGAUCAGCAAUAACAAGCUUUCUCUUUCUUUUCACAAACGUCCAGGAAAAGAGAUAAGAAAGAGGCAGUGUUGGAGUGGGAGGAGCUUAAAAAGCACAUACCUCCUGCUUAGAAAUGUUUCUCUGAGUAGCACGAAGGCAGAGCUCAGACUGAUCCUCUUCUUCACACAGAGCUGCUCUCCUGCAAGGACUUUCAACGCUGCCCUCUGACACGAGCAGAGACGACUCCACUGUGGGACCGAGGAGGGAAGAUUCACAGCCUGAAAGGAGAAGAUUCACAGCCUGAAAGGAGAAGAUUCACAGCCUGAAAGGAGAAGAUUCACAGCCUGAAAGGAGAAGAUUCACAGCCAGAAAGGAGAAGAUUCACAGCUUGUGAGACAAACAAGCAAAGGAUUUAAGGCUUUUUUCUGCUCCGGGAGAAUCAAACCCUCCUCUGCUGCUGGUUCUUCAGAGAUGACCCCGUUCACGACGGUCACUCCUAACCAAACCGACCACUGCAAUGUGUCAAACGUGGUCACAUACCAGGCCCUCUCCUGGCUGAUGAUAGCGCAGUUCACGCUGGGUCUGCCUCUCAACCUGUCCGUCCUCUACAUCUUCCUCUUCAGAUUCAAAUUCUGGAGGAACAAGGGCAUCUUCCUCUUCAACAUUGUGGUUGCCGAUUUCCUGCUGGUGAUCUGUCUGCCCAUCAAGAUUCACGACUACCAGAACAGCCGGCGGCAGAGCGACAACCAGGUGGUUUGUAAGACCAUGCUCUUCAUGCUGUUCCUGAACCGCGGAGCCAGCAUCGUCUUCCUCAUCAUCCUGUCCCUGGAUCGCUACUUCAGCGUGGUCCAUCUGGGGAAGAGAAACUGUACCAAAGUUUUCAAAAAGAAUCCCACCAUGUGUUUGGGGGUCUGGGUCCUGCUGCUGGUGCUCACCACCCCCACCAUGGUCGCCACCUUUGACUGCUGCAACAGCCUGGGCCGAGCGCCGAACGAGUGGGAACACACGCCCACCGACAUCUGCAGAGAGAUCAUCUUCUUCAUCCAGAUCAUCAUCCCUUUCAUCAUCCUGGUCUACUGCACCUCCUGCAUCAUCCGUCGGCUGCAGCGGAAGUCGGUGGGGGAGAGGACCAAGCUGAGGAGGGCGGUGUUCGUGGUCCUGUCUGUGGUGGUGGUCUUCUCCCUCUGCUUCCUGCCGUGCACCAUGGCCAGGGGGGUGCUUCUGUACGAGAGGCUGAAGAUGGACCAGGCCGCCGAGGACGUGGUGGUUCAGGUGUACGACAGCCUGAUGGUUCUGUCCUACACGGACUGCCUGCUGGACCCGCUGGUCUACUGCUUCUGUCACGCCGGAUUCAAAGAUGCUUACAUCACCACCUACUUCCCUCACGUCCUGAAAAAGCAUCUGCUGAAAUCUAACCCAAACAAGGUGAUCGAAACCACGACAAACAACUCCUGUGUCCCUAAAGUGACCUCCACAGUCACAUAACGCCAGGAUCUGAGUGGGGGUCCGCUGUGCUUCUGUUCCCCUGAAAGACUGGAGGAAAUCAGGAAGCUCAGCCGUCAGAUCCGCUCACAAAGCCAAGCUCAUGACUUCUUUGUCUUUUCUAAAACAAGAACGAGCUUGAAGUUCUGAUGAAGCUUGUGUCUGACUGUGCUUUGGGUCCAUCCUGUCCUCACAUCUGUGUGCAGAUGUGCUCUGAUCUGCAUGCUCCUCCCCUUCUGGAUUCAGAUCAUUUAGAAUAUUUAUUUCACGAUGUCAUUUCCUGUUCAGUCACAGACUGAAGGUCAGAAGGUCAGGUCUUCCCGUGGAGCCGAUGACUUUAAUGAAACCAAAACCUCUAUGCCCCCCCAGUGGAAGGUCAUGAAGCAUCUCCAUCCAGGUUGUUAGGCGGCGUUACCACGGCGAUGUAAACAUCUGAGCCCCCGCUGCUGCAGUUAAACUGCUCCAGACUAGACAGAAAAACCUGAGAGAAGCUGUUCUGCACUCCCUCGAGUCCAGAGGCCACAGGUUCAAACCCGUGAGGUUCAUCCCAAAGAUCCUAAAAAUAAACUCAAGUCUGUCCCUGUGACGGACAGAUCUGAUGUUCUGCUCUCAUCUAGUGGCCACCCAUCAAACAGCAUUCCCAUACAUCCUACAGGCUGAGAAACAUGAACAAAAUGUUAAUAAAUUGACAGAAACUGGAGCAGACAAACAUCUGGAGAAAAGAAAAACCAGAUAGCAGUAAAUGCAGACAUUUAAUCCCAGAAAAAAGCCUAAUCUGCAGAGAGAGAGAGAGAGAGAGAGAGAGGCUUAUUUACAAUACCGUCGCACAAUACGUGAGUCGUGCGUGAACUGUGUGUGAUUAUUGCGCUGUUGUAUGAGCAAGGCAUUAGUCAUUUGUUAGUCAAAAUGUAAUUUGAAGGUGAUAUGUUCGCCAUGUAAUAGUCGCUUCAUGUGUAAGAAGUCCAUUUGAAAUACUUGGAACAGUCGUGGAAAGACACAAAUUUGUCUUGCAAAAAUCACGCACAAUUGUGUAAGAUUUACGUAAUAACUGCACAUAAACUGCGUGAAAUAAAAAUUCUGGACAGCUCAAAACCGAAUUCACGUAAAGACCCGUCGGCUGAAACACAGGAUGGACAUCUGUACACAUUGGCGAAUGACGAGCGCAAGAAACACGUAGGAAUUAUCACGCAUUAACCAUGGUCAGCGCCGUGGUCAGCGCCGUGGUCAGCGCCGUGGUCAGCGUCGUGGUCAGCGCUGUGGUCAGCGCCGUGGUCAGCGCCGUGGUCAGCGCUGUGGUCAGCACCGUGGUCAGCGCUGUGGUCAGUGCCGUGGUCAGCGCCGUGGUCAGCACCGUGGUCAGCACCGUGGUCAGCGCCGUGGUGCUGACGCUAGGCGAUCUGCUCAGUGGUCUGAAUGUCAAAGUGAAGAGGUUCAAUCAAGCGCGGUUUCUGUGGUCUUUACGUUGUUCACUCAUUCUGUGGUUUUAAGGCGGUUCAUUCGUGAUACAUCUGAGAAAAUUUCACAUAAAGACCACAACCUGUUUUUUUUUCAUGUAUGACGAACUUAGAUUACAGAAAAACUGUUUAUUUCUGCAAAAGCUGCAUCUUUUCCAAAAAUACAUUCAAUGCAAUCUCACUGAAAAAACACAUGUUGCUUUUAAAAAGCCAACAGAUCUGAUCUGGGAUUUCUGCAUUUCAUUCAACUUUUCUUAAAGAAUGAAAUGUUGCUCCAUGCGUACUUUUCAAAAUAAAGUGCUGCUUUGCCUGCGA